AGAACAUGGGAAACUGUGAAACGUACAACCCGAAGAGAAGGAAAUGCUGCAUGUGUAGCAAUAAUACCAGUACUACAGAGAACUCUUCAUUAUGAAUGUAUGGUGCUCAUAAAACAGUUUCGACCUCCUUUAGGCUGCUAUUGCCUGGAAUUCCCUGCAGGCCUUAUUGACGAGAAUGAGACUGCAGAACAGGCAGCACUUCGAGAACUGGAGGAAGAAACUGGAUACAAAGGAGAAGUUAUGGAAUGCUCUCCUGUGUCUUGCUUGGAUCCUGGCUUGUCAAAUUGUACAACCCUAUGUUGUAACUGUGCACAUUAACGGGGAUGAUUGUGUAAACAGCAAACCUAAACCCAAGCUUGGUAUGCAGAAUUUACAGAAACUAUCUUGUUGCCGAAAAUUGAGCUGCACAAGCGUAUCGAUGAGCUUGUGGCAAAAGAGAAGCUGGUGGUUGAUGCAAGAGUCUACACCUAUGCCUUGGCUCUGGAACAUGCUGUUGCUAAACCUUAUGAGCUGCCAUUCCUAAAGGGUUAA